AUGUCCAAGCCGGUGGAUCACGUCAAGAGGCCGAUGAACGCGUUCAUGGUGUGGUCGCGGGCGCAGCGGCGCAAGAUGGCCCAAGAGAACCCCAAGAUGCACAACUCGGAGAUCAGCAAGCGCCUGGGCGCCGAGUGGAAGCUGCUGACCGAGUCGGAGAAGCGGCCCUUCAUCGAUGAGGCCAAGCGGCUGCGGGCCAUGCACAUGAAGGAGCACCCCGACUACAAGUAUCGUCCCCGGCGGAAGCCCAAGACGCUACUCAAGAAGGACAAGUUCGCCUUCCCCGUGCCCUAUGGGCUUGGCGGCGUGGCGGACCAUGAGCACCCGCACGGGCUGAAGGCGGGCGGGCUGCACGGCGGGGCGGCCGGCGGGCUGAUGCCCGAGUCGCUGCUCGCCAACCCUGAGAAGGCGGCGGCUGCUGCCGCUGCCGCCGCCGCCCGCGUCUUCUUCCCCCAGUCGGCCGCCGCCGCUGCUGCCGCCGCCGCCGCUGCCGCAGCCAGCAGCCCCUACUCCCUGCUGGACUUGGGCUCCAAAAUGGCCGAGAUCUCCUCCUCCUCCUCUUCCUCAGGCUCGGGGCUGCCCUACGCCUCCUCGCUGGGCUACCCCGGCGCCGGCGGGGCGGGUGCCUUCCACGGGGCCGCGGCGGCCGCGGCCGCUGCUGCGGCCGCCGCCGGGGGGCACACGCACUCGCACCCGUCGCCCGGUAACCCGGGCUACAUGAUCCCCUGCAACUGCAGCGCUUGGCCGGGCCCGGGGCUACAGCCACCGCUGGCCUACAUCCUUCUGCCGGGCAUGGGCAAACCCCAGCUGGACCCUUACCCCGCAGCCUACGCCGCGGCCCUAUGA